AAUCAUCCACUACUGGAGGAAAGCCAAUUUUUGUAUAUAUAGAGAUUGUAUAAUGAAUCUACUGGGUCCAUCGCAGGAGUUACUAGCGGCGAGCGGCGGAGACACCGUGAAGAUCUUCGACAUUAAGCUUGGACCGAACGAUCCUUGUGUUCUAAGUUACUCGCCUUCUCCGAGUUGCUUUGUCAAUUCGAUUAAGUGGAACCACACUAAUUUAGUGGUGGCAAGUGCUGGAGAAGAUAAGAAGAUAUCUUUGUGGAGGAAUAAUGGGCAGAGGAUGUGGACGGUUCCGGUUUCUGGGACUGAUUGUGGAGAUAACAUUGAGGAGUCUAUUUUAUCUAUUAGCUUUAGCAACAAGGGGUCUAGAUACAUAUGUUCAGGGGGAAGUGGUCAAGUUGUAAGGAUAUGGGAUUUGCAGAGGAAGCGCUGCAUCAAAUGGUUAAGGGGUCAUACAAGCACAAUAACAGGUGUUAUGUACAAUUGCAAAGAUGAGUACUUGGCCUCUAUCAGCCAAAACGGGGAUCUCAUUCUUCAUAACCUUGCUUCAGGGGCUAGGGCUGCUGAAUUAAAAGAUCCUAAUGAUCAGGUACUGAGUGUACUUGACUAUUCACGGAUCAGUCGACACAUUUUGGUGACUGCUGGUGAUGAUGGAUCUGUCCACUUAUGGGAUACCACCUGUCGUAGCCCAAAGGUUUCCUGGUUGAAGCAGCACUCAGCUCCGACAACUGGAAUUAGCUUCUCACCAUCCAAUGAUAAGAUAAUUGCUAGUGUUGGGUUGGACAAGAAGCUAUACACCUAUGAUUCAGGGUCUGGAAGAGCCUCAGCUUUUGUUUCUCAUGAGGCCCCUUUCACUUCAUUGGCAUUUAGAGAUGAUGGUUGGACACUGGCAGCUGGCACCAGUAAUGGUAGGGUGGUGUUCUAUGAUAUUCGGGGAAAACUACAGCCUUUUACUUCCCUUUGCGCUUAUAAUAGUUCUGAGGCUGUUUCAAGUUUAUGCUGGCAAAGAUCAAAACCAUCAAUUGUUAAUGAGAGUACUUGCACUGCUGAAACUGUUCUUUUGGGAGUUGCACCAGAGGAUUCAGUUCUUAUGCCCGACCCACUUCCAUCUGUGACAUCAACAGGCCUUUCAUCAUCCACAUCGAUUUCUGGUUCUUCUAUCCCUGGCCGUUCAGGUCCUGCAGAAGUAUCUUCUGUUACAAGUAGUAGUGGAACAGUGUCAAGCACAGUCAUUCUGUCUUCUUCUAUGGAAACACCACAGAAAAGCCAUAUGUGGCCAGGUGGAACACUGAUGAGAUUACAUGCUCCACGUUCUAAAUACAAUCUCAAGGAUGAUAUGGAUGUGUUUUCCCCUGUUGUGGAUGUUCAACCAAUUACACCCUCACUGGAUAAGCUGUGGGAUGAUCAUGAUGGUGCAAAGAAAGAGAAUCUACUUACUUCCUCCCUGCUGUUUGCCUCUAGUAGGAGGUUUGGUUUUGCAGAUGAUGGAGCUCGUGAUCAUCCAAUAUUUGAAUGGAGGCCCAGUUCAAUGUCUCAACAGGAUGACACAAGAUCUUUUACAUCUUUCGGAUCCUUGACUUCAACAUCAUUCAAGAGUGAAGAGGCCUCCAUCACUCCUCCAGAAUCUUGGGGUGGUGAGAAGAUAUCUAAUAAAUUUUCUAAGCUUCGCCGCAUGCCAUCUCGAUUUGGGAUGGAGGCUUCUGGUGGUCUGGCAACAAGCACGUUUUAUUCUGGACAAUCUGAGUCUUCAAUGCUCAGUCAGACAAGUAUUAGCUCGCUAACAAGUUCUGAUUUAAGCUACAAAAAUUUGCAACCAAAAGAUGUCUCCUCAAAUCAGGAAACUUCAGUGGGAUUUCCAGAACACUUCUCCAGCUCCAUGUUUGCUUCUCUUGGUUCGAAAGGAAUUACUGGAGCAGGCAGCCUUGACUCUCCAAAACUUUCUUCUUUAGCACUGUCUCGAAGGUUUUCAACAUAUGUCGAGAGAAUCAGCACUACAUCUGCCUUCGGAGAUGGAACAUCCCAAUUGGGGGCUUCCCCAAAAACAAAGAAAACAGGAGAUGAAACCAGAGAAGAGCUGUUGAAUACCUUGUUAUUGAGGUCCGAUUCAUUUGCUUCAGUGGAAUCAGGAAUUCUUCCGACUAUGAACGGAGGAACACAACCCCACAACGCUCUUCAACCUGAUCCGCAGCAAGGAAGUAACUUUACUCUUCAGCUAUUUCAACAUACUCUUGAGGAAACCCUGGACUCAUUUCAGAAAUCCAUUCAUGGAGAUCUGAGGAACCUUCAUAUUGAAAUCUUAAGACAAUUCCACAUGCAGGAGAUGGAAAUGUCUCGUGUGAUGAGCUCCAUUCUACAGAACCAAGCUGAACUAAUGGAAGAGGUUAAGUCUCUCCGGAAAGAAAAUCAGCAGCUUCGUCAAUUGCUCUGACCGCAGAUUAAACUGCAUUACUGUGUCCGGUUAGAGAAUGCCUUUCCUGGUUGCAUUUUAUCAUGUUUUCUGUUUCAUCGGUAUUGGUCAUUGUCAUAUCAUUUUAAAAGUAAAAUUGAUUCUUGGAUCUCAGUUGCGUAAAAAUGGGGAAAGAAUCAUGCUAAAUGAGUAAAUGAAGAGUACAAAUGUGGGGUUUAAGCGAUUUUCAGAUUGACUGU